AUGGCUCGCAAGAAGGUGGCCAUCGAGUACAUCGCGAGCGACCCGACCCGGAAGGCGACGGCGAGGAAGCGCGACAUGGGGAUCAAGAAGAAGGCCGGGGAGCUGUCGGUGCUGUGCGGCGUGGACACGUGCUACAUCAUGUACCGCGAGGGCGGGGCCUCCCCGCCGGAGGUGUACCCGUCGGUCCCGGAGGCGAUGCGCGUCAUCGACCGCUUCAGGGCCAUGCCGGAGCUGGACCAGUGCAAGAAGAAGAUGGACGGGGAGGACUACGUCCGGGAGCGCAUCGCCAAGAUCCAGGAGCAGCUGCGCAGGGCGCAGCGCGACAACCGCCAGCUCGAGACCAUGCUGCUCCUCCACGACGCUCUGGCCGGCCGCCGUCAGGGCCUUGCCGGCGUCGCCAUCGAGCAGCUCGUCAGCCUGGGCUGGAUGGCGGAGAGCUACGUCAAGAAGGUGAGCGACUGCAUCGCGUACAGGAGCAUGCAGCAGCAGCAGCAGCAGCAGCUGCUGCUGCCGCUGCAGCACGCCGGCGUGCAGGCUGAGCCGCCGCAUUACGCCGCUGCCACAGUCGCCGGCGUGGAGGCGCCGCACCAGCAGUUAUAA